GAGAAGGGGGGGAGGAAAAACACUAAAGGGGUAGCUAUGGAGAUGGAGCGUUUUCCUGGCUGCUUUCUUUGACAGGUGUUGAGUGGGGCAAAAGUCUUAAAACAGAAUCCAGCAUGUACGCCAAAGGUAAAGGAGCUGUCGUCCCUUCCGAUAGCCAAGCGAGAGAAAAGUUAGCUUUAUAUGUGUAUGAGUAUUUGCUCCAUGUCGGCGCACAGAAAUCAGCACAGACCUUCCUGUCAGAGAUCCGAUGGGAGAAGAACAUCACACUUGGGGAACCUCCAGGAUUUUUACACUCAUGGUGGUGUGUAUUCUGGGAUCUGUACUGCGCUGCCCCGGACCGGAGGGAGACAUGCGAACAUUCCAGCGAGGCCAAGGCUUUCCAUGACUAUAGUGCAGCCGCUGCCCCCAGUCCAGUGAUGGGCAACAUGCCACCCAAUGAUGGCAUGCCAGGAGGACCCAUGCCCCCAGGCUUCUUUCAAGGUCCUCCAGGAUCUCAGCCUUCCCCUCACACGCAACCACCCCCACAUAACCCCAGUAAUCCCAUGAUGGGACCUCACGGACAGCCAUUCAUGUCUCCGCGGUACCCAGGUGGCCCAAGGCCCCCCCUCCGUAUGCCAAAUCAGCCUCCUGGGAGCAUCCCGGGGUCACAGCCUCUCCUGCCAAACAGUCUGGACCCCACCAGACCUCAAGGACAUCCAAACAUGGGGGGCCCAAUGAGAAUGAAUCCCCCCCGGGGCAUGGGAGGCAUGGGCCCACAGAACUACGGCGGAGGGAUGAGGCCUCCUCCAAAUUCCAUGGGGCCAGGGAUGCCGGGCAUGAACAUGGGUCCUGGAGGAAGAGGUCCCUGGCCAAAUCCCAACACCAACUCAAUAGCUUAUUCAUCUUCAUCUCCAGGCAACUAUGUGGGCCCUCCAGGGGGAGGCGGCCCACCAGGAACUCCCAUCAUGCCUAGCCCUGGAGAUUCAACAAACUCAAGUGAAAACAUCUACACAAUGAUGAACCCCAUUGGCCCUGGUGGAAACAGACCUAGUUUCCCAAUGGGACCAGGUCCUGAUGGGCCAAUGGGUGGAAUGGGUGCUAUGGAGCAGCAUCAUAUGAACGGAUCACUAGGCUCUGGUGACAUGGAUGGGUUGCCAAAGAAUUCUCCUAACAACAUGGCAGGCAUGAACAAUCCCCCCGGCACUCCGCGGGAUGACGGCGAGAUGGCAGGCAACUUUUUAAACCCAUUCCAAAGUGAAAGUUAUUCACCCAACAUGACGAUGAGUGUGUGAUUUUUUUUUUAUUUUAUCUUUUAUUUUAUUUUAUUUCUUUUUCAUCUCCCUUUAUCCCAAUCUCCCUCUCCCAAUCUGCCCUGGUGCGUCUUGCAUUACCCUCUUCCCUCCCUAACUCCUCCUCCUCCUCCUCGUGGACGGUGUGCUGUGCCACACAGCCCCUGGGGAUGCCCCUGGAAAGCAGGACUCCCCUCAAGGGCCCCCAUCCCAACGCGUGUAAAAUGGGUGUAAGAACAUGAAACAGCCUCCAAGCAACAGGAAGGGUCUCCUCUCCGCUUCUUCUCGCCUGCAGGGCCUCGUCGUGGGCCUAGGACAGUGAGAGCCCAAAAACCUGCUCCAAGCCUGUCUCUCCCAAACCCAAACCCUGCCCUCAUGGGUGGCAUUCGAGCCCAAUCGAGCCCCCUCUGCAUCCACCACCACUCCAUUACAUCAUGCUGAUCAUAACUUAUGAGGGCACGCAGUAGUUGACUGACAGGGGAUGAAAAAACCCCUCAUUCAAUAACUCUGCUCCGCUGGCAGGGAUGAUAAAAAGAAAUGAACUGAUAAUGUUAUUUUAGGACAAGAAUGGUUUUCAUUAAAUGUUUGUAUUUUUGUUGAUGAUGAUAAUAUUAUUGUUAUAAUUUUCAUAAUUGAUAUUAUUCUCCUAAUGUAGUUAUGAUUUCCUGUAAAGGGCACAUUUUAUCUCAGCAGCAGCAUCAACAAUGACAAAAUAAGCACACACUCGAAAAAUGCACAAUGAUUUUUCUGUUUACAUGAUUUUAGGUAUUUGAUGUUUGUUUUGUUUUUGUCACAGUCAGUCACACUUCACAUACCUCUCCUUAAAACUGAACUUGUAGCUUUGUCUUUGCUAUCUAAACGUUUGUAGCACCAAUUACAUAAACUUCCAAAAGUGAGAGUAAUCUGAAUAAUUGACUCUUUCCACCCAGUAGUUUGUGCUGAGGUGUUAUUAUCUGGGCUAAAACUAUCCAUACAGUAACAGCAGAGGUUUUUUCAGAGCGUUGCUGUUUUCUGAUACAGUGUCUGCUGAUACACCUGAAUAAUCGGACGUCUAGCUAUCUUGUCUUAAUAAGCACCCCUAAUCAUACUAUUCUGUGUUGUUACUGCGUGGGAAUGGCUGUGAUGAAAUCCUGUGAUGAUUGUCAGGACAUGUGUCAUUUCUCAUUCUCAUUCAGUAACAGAGAGAGAGAGCAUUUGGAUCCUCUCUGUGGAUUUGGUCUUGACUGUAAAUACAACAUAUUUAGCUUGUAUUGUGGUUGUUUUAUUGUGUUAUUUACAAGUUGUCUGUGAAUCCUAAAAUGUGGCUCCUUCCCCGUCAUCACUUUUGUUUGAUUUCAACCUCACCGUAGACUCCAAGUGGCACUGUUUUCCUCCCAGGACUCACUCGUCUCUCUCGCCAGUGUCUUCUAUGGAGUUGGAGACAUAGUGGUACCUCUGAUACACUCAUGGAGCCUGCGUUCUUGCUUUGAGUUUGGAUUGAACUCUCAGAUCUUGUAUGAGCCACUUUCUUUGCCCAGACAAGACAGGCUCAAUAACUGUCUCAUUGGAGCUUCCACUGACCAGUUCCCUCAGCCAGUCCCAUAUAUAUGGGAUAAUGGAUCCAGAGUGUUGGGCGGCUGCAGCAGCGCUGAUGAUGGGAACAGAGUGAUGCACCUUGGGGUUAACAGGCCCUGCAGCCACAUCGGUCUAAAGCGAGGAACAACAACAGGAUACUUUUCUAAUGGAUAUAUUUCCAUUUUUGUGGAUUGUUUUCAGCAGAUUGUUUUUUAUUUUAAAUAUGUUCAACAGUAAGAAAAUUUAAAGCCCACAGAAUCUGCACACAAAGAAAAGCAUAGUUACAUAUUACGCUAUUUAAUUUGUUUCUCUGUAUGUUAUGUGCCCUCAGCUUGAUCAACUCUCUGUCACUGUUUCAAAGGGAUAAGUUAUUUUAAAUGGCAUCAUACUCACUCACACUCACUUCAUGGCUGUGUUCAAACCAACAGUAACUUUACGACAAGUGUAGCCUCUAUGGGUAAUGGUGAUGUACUUAUCAAUUUUCUGAUAUAUCAAUGUGAACAGAUUGUACCCAGGGUUCAACGGGGACAUCUCCAGGAUUUGGCCUGAGAAACACUCUCUCAAGUGUUCUUUCAGUGUAGUGACACACACCUCCCUUCUUUCCUCCAGUCCCCUCACCGAGCCCUCUCCCCUCCUCUUUAAUUUCCUUUUUUGUAAAUACUGUAUAAUGCAUUUUGAUAUCAUUGACAUGUUUUGAUAUGUCAGUCACUACCAAUGAAUACAGCUGAAAGUAAAUUAUAAAUAAAACUGUCCAUGUUUUUUCAUAGAGAAAGGAUGCGCCAACUAUUUGGCUCAUGUGGCUAAAUUUCCAUAAAAGUGUAUAGAAUACAGUAACACAAUAAAUGCAGGCUGUAUGCUAAGGACUUGUGUGGCAGGGAGGAUAGGACAGAGAGAGGACCGGACAGAGAGAAGCAAACGAGGAUAUUAAAAUUAUUUCUCUUGCAGCUGUGGCGUCCUCACUCUGCCCUUGUCUCCUUAUGUUUCAGUCAAAUGUUACUAUUGGCCUUGAAUAAUCAUUCAGAUUUUUUUUGUUUUCCAAAGGCCACCUUCUCACAAAAAACAUGUGACCUCAUAUUGCAGUUUUUAAUAUGAAGGAUUUUUAUCAAUGUAAGAAAACUUUUAAAAAGGAAAAAAAAAUACUUGAGAACCUCAUUUUAAAUUAAGAAUAGAUCAAAAAGUAAUACAUAUGGGGGAAAACUGUGUCCUUUGCUAUUCGCUCCUGUAAUAGCGUUGUAUAGAUUGAAGCUCUCUCACUGAUCCUCUCUCAGUCCUCUGUGUAUAUCGAUCGUUGGCCAUCUCUGUACUUCUAUUGUGAUGUAUAAUACUGUACCAUUAGGAAGAUUUGCUGGUUGGGCAGGGUGGUUAUGUUGAGUCUGGGAGGGGUGGGGGAUUCAAGGAAAGGGGAUAUCAAUGAUUCUCCUGUACCGUUCAUGGUCCUUUCUGAUGACACGGCAGUAUUCAAUAUGAAGCAGUCUGUCUCUUGGGUUUGCUUUGUAUUUCAUGGUAGGAUAGUUCAGAAUCUUGUCUUAGGGACUUAGGUGUCUUGUGUAGGUAAUAAAGAUGUUCUUUGUAUGUUUCUUUA